GCAACAAAAACUGCUUUCAAGGAGAUAGGACGUGCUGGUGGAUCCAAUUAUUUUCUGGCACAAUGGCCGCCAAUACUGCAGCUGAGACGAAGCCCGACUACUCUAAGCCGGAGAACCAUGGUCUUUUCCCCGAAGAAGAGCGGCCUUCGAAGCAGGAUCCCAAGGCCGUGAAGUUCUUGCAGGCUGCACUUCCAAUGAGUCCUCCUCCAUUCGACCGGCGAUUCCCCCAGCAGAACGUGACCGGCCAAUGCCACCAGAACUAUUUGGACUUUCUCCGCUGCUCCAAGAAAUUGGGCGAGGGACAUCAAUCUUGCAAGUGGUACGAAACAGAGUACAAGUUUACGUGUCCACAAUCAUGGGUUGAUUCAUUCGAAGAUCAAGUCCAGUCAGGCACCUUCCCAUUCAAGAUCUGAGCUAUGUCAUUCUCGAGUUUAUCAAUAUUAUUUAUUUCAGCCACAUAAUAUAGCAUAGAUUGAUUUAAGGAGAAUAUUUACGUGUAUGAAUUAUCAGAACAGCCGUUCAUUGACCUGUGCCCGUGGUAUUAAGGAGGUUCAACAAGAUAAAUUUCGCACUCCAAUGAAAGUCUAGGUCAGUGAUGAAAUAUCAAUGUGGAGAGGAUUAAGCAUGACUCAC